CUCCGGCCGCCACAUUUGCCGUGUUGAUUGGUGUGUCAUCAUCUUGCCAAUGUCAUCAUCGGAGGCGGGCUACAAAACGCCCGACGGAGAAUACAAUACCCCCCCGGCGUUAAUAGCAUUCACGUUAGCCGUCCUAGUGUUAUGCUUCAUGGCCUUCAGCGUUGUGUACUUGUGCAAGUACUGCUUUGUAAGCGUCCUCCACUCUUGGGCCUUCCACCAGAGUUUCUCUGGUUCAUUGCUUCGUCCUUCAUCAACAAAUAGGUCUUCCUCAAUAGGCCUUGAUCCUUCCAUGCUUCAAACGUUCCCAACCUUUGUGUAUUCCUCCGUAAAGGACCUCCGCAGCCUAGAAUGUGCCAUUUGCUUGCUCGAAUUCCAGGACGACAGCUUGAUUCGCCUCUUGACUAUUUGCUGCCAUGUUUUCCACCAAGAAUGCAUUGACCUUUGGCUUUAUUCCCACAAGACUUGCCCUGUUUGCCGCACAAACCUCGAGGAGCAUAAAUCAGGAGAAGGAGAAAUCAGUGGUAGCAGUGGUGGUGCUGACAUACGCAUUGACAUAAUAACAGACAUGGCCACCCAAGGUAGUGGGGGUCAUCAGGGUACAGGAGGAGAGGAUCAUUCGUGUAAUGACGAACAUGAUCAUAAUAAUAAUGGGGUGCAGCAAGAACACAAGUUUGCAAGGUCACACUCAACGGGCCAUUCCAUAGUUUUUAGAGGAGAAGAAGAAGAAAAAGAUGAUAAAUAUACCUUGAGGCUGCCUCAACACAUUAUAAGAGGGCGGCACCACUAUUCUAAGAGUUGUACAAGUUUUCAAGAGAUGCAGAUGACGACUUCGACUAGGCCUUGUAGUAAUUGCGGCUUUGUUGAAUCUGUAUCUAGCUGCUCCACCUCUCUCGCUCAUAUCCAAAUUUCUUGAAGCAUCUUAAUCAUUAUCCAAUUACUAUCUCUC